AGCUCGCGUCUGUGUGCCUACCCACUCUCUGGUUUAUACGAACUAACAGCCCUCCAUUCAACUUCUGAACCAGAUCUCUGGUUACCCUCAAGUCCCGAAUGCAUAAUUACUCCACUCUGGCCGCGCUGUCGACGAGCAGCUGCCGGCCCAUUCCGUUCCUCGCUUAACAGAAACCAGUUCGGUCAUAGAUUGCAGAUACCCUUUUUCUGAAUCAGUUGCACCAAUUCCCUUCAUGCUGCCAUGCAUAUCAGCAGCAUAGUACGUCGCGACGAAUUACUACCCCGCGAGGUAGUAAGCUUCGCCGGACGUAUGCUCUGGGCGAUAUGGUCGUUGACCAUCGCGGCUACGGUAUUCCUCGCCUUGCGGCUGUAUUGCAAGUUGUCCCGGGGUCGGCUGCUCUGGUGGGACGACUACUUCCUGAUUGCUAGCUGGGUUCUCGUCCUAGCCUCGUCCGCUAUGCUCACCGAAGGCGUUAAGUACGGCAUCGGCCUGUUCUGGGAGGAUAUGGACCCUAAGAAUCUGCCCGUUGUGCUCGUCCUCUCGUACGGCGCGGGCCUUGGCGGUACUGUCGCGGCGGCGUGGAGCAAGACUUCAUUUGCCAUUACCCUGCUGCGAAUAUCGACGGGGUGGGUGAAAUGGGCGAUUUGGUUCAUCAUUGUCUCUGUCAACAUCGUGCUUGGUGUCUCGGGUUUGAUCCUUUGGAUCCAGUGCUGGCCAAUACCGAAGCUCUGGUUGUACGACAUGGCAGGGACGUGCUGGCCCAAGACGACCGUCGAACAGUACCAUACUUUCACGAGCGUGUACUCCGGCGUGUUCGACAUUGUGCUUGCCAUCCUUCCAUGGAAGAUUAUAUGGAAUUUGACGAUAAAUAAAAGGGAGAAGCUCGGUGCACUGGUUGCUAUGAGUAUGGGCGUGUUUUCUGGAUUUAUCGCGUUCCUGAGAAUCAUCUCCCUAAAGGAUAUCUCGGCUAGCAGUACGACGACUGUGGACAUCAAGGUCUUCGGUGUCGCUGAGCCCGCCGUGAGCAUAAUAGCUGCAUCGAUCCCUAUUCUCCGACCUCUUGUCCGAAAAGCCACUGCAUCGCAGGAACGGUCUAUACAAUUUGUCCAGCUCUCCCAGAUUCCCGAGCCUGGUUCGCGAUCACUCCGUUCUACAAAGAAGGGCUCCGAUGAGGUUCUCGUGGACUAUCCCUCGAUGCAGUCGGAAGUCGUGGUGGGCUGCAAGGUUUUUGAAUGCAACUCCGUUGGCAGUGAGCGGCAAUGGGGUCACCGGGGAUGAAUUGAACAAUAUGAUGGUGCUUUUCAGCUUUAGGCCGCUGGCAAUCCUAAAUGAAGUCCUGGAGGUAGUUGGCGGUGAUGGUCGGCAAGAACAUGACACAUGUUGUGCGUUUAGGGUUCCAGAUACUCAAGAGGAUUUACAUACUGGACCGGUAGUCCCAUCGUGGUUCGAAAUCAAGUAGACCAGAUGCCAACC